AUGACAACAGACAGUCUGUGUGUUGAUGAUAAGGAUUUUUUGGAGAAAUGUGAAGAAGAAUUCAAGGACCGAUAUACAGAGAAUGAUGAAGAUUUUAUGAAAAUAUUUAAUGCAGAACCAUCAAAUCCCCCAAUAUUAGAGAACUGGUGGGGAUCUCAGAACUAUGGCCGUCGAAAUGACCAGCGCAGUAACAGGCGAUUUGAUCGUUCAAGUAAUAGGCAAAGAGGCAAUGAAGAUCGGGGAUACCGAGACAGGAAUUACCACCAAGAACGUGGUUACGAAAACCGCAGCUACCAAGACAGAGGCUACCAAGAACGAGGUUAUCAAGACAGAGGUUAUGAAGAACAAACAUAUAGAGGUAAAAGGCACUCAGAUCAGGAUAGUCGGGAUAGUGGUGAUCACCCUCCUAAGAGAGGAAGAAUGCAGUGA